GCGCCCCUGAGGGUGAGGACGGACGGCAUGGUCUACGCGUCUCGCCUGCUGGCCUUCAGCAGCGGGCAGAGCCACAUGCCCCGCGCCUCGUCGCGCGCGCCCCUGCAGGACUUCAAUGUGCAGUGCGUCCCCGAGGUGAACUGGCUGCAUGUCGACAAGACCAGUGGAGCUCUUCGAAAGCAGGCCGUGGCCUUCCAGGAUGCCGGCGACGCCGUGCACGACUCGCGGGGCAGCCAGACGGGAGGCCUGUGCCGCGUGACCGCCACCGCCAACGGCACGAGCUACGAGGCCGUGGUGGUGGCCGUGCAGCUGCGGCCCUGGCCGCACCUUUCCUACAGGACGUCCGCGGUGAGCGUGACCCUCGGCGAGACACGGCGCCGCUCCUGA